UUUCGUCACACAGCCGCCAUUUCAAUCGUCCUGGAACACAACGAAUACACUAGCUCAGUGUAACCGUGUUGCUUAACAAAUAUAGCAGUAAUUUUUAGCUAGUAAACGCUGCUGCUUUUCAGCUAUUAUUUGUUUCUGACAUUAAUUUGUAUGUCAGUUAAAGAAGAAUUGCCGAAAAUGUCUGAUGUUGAAACCGAGAAACCAGGCCAAGGAAAUGCAAUGAAUGGAAAGCCCAUCCAUGACUCCCGGAAGGAGAGAUCGUCCAAACGAGGAGGCGGUAGAUACGAGCCUUACUCCAACCCAUCCAAGAGAUACCGGGUUUUUGUGAGCAACAUUCCCUAUGAUGUCAAAUGGCAGGCGCUGAAGGACCUCAUGAAAGAAAAAGUGGGUGAGGUAACGUACGUGGAACACUUAAUGGACGCGGAAGGCAAAUCAAGGGUAAGUGCAAGAGACGAACCUCCAUUUGUCCGCUUGAGUUUUCUUACAUCAUCUCCUUUCAAUGUGGGGCAUUCAGACAUAGAUUUGAGAGUUGAAAAUGUCACCGUGGAUGAAUUUUGGCUGAAUGUGGAUGCUGUGGUUCAGAGUGGAGCCACAGGGGGUGGUUUCUCAGCUCCAUGGUAAUUCUGGCUUGUGUGCGUUCAGGCCCACUGUGGGCAGCAUUCAGAACUUUUUAUUUCUUUAUUUUUAGUCUCACUGAACUGAAAGUAGUGCGUGGUGUUCAAUAGAUAAUGAUGGUUAGUAUGGCUUCAGUGAGUCUUAACAGCGAAAUAAUAGCUGCUCACUUCAAGUGGAGUUUAGGGAAGGAACAUUUUUGUUCUGGUUGUCAUUAAGUGGAAUGAAAGCAAGUUCUGUAACUUUUAAAUUGUAAAAACACCACAAAGAACGAUGUAAAAUGAAUUAUAGCAUUGAAGCAUUUUUUGUUGGGUUUUUGUAUGCAAGCAAGAAUGUAUUGAUGUACUGCAUUUUCAUCACUGUUGUCUAAUUGUUGCCUUUUGUCUGUUUUGUGUUCCUCUUGCCAUGCUGAUCUCCGCAUGAUCCAAAGGGUUGCGCGGUGGUUGAGUUUAGAACUGAAGAACUGAUGAAGAAGGCUGUGGAUAAAGUCAAUAAACACAACAUGAAUGGCCGUCCUUUGAAAGUGAAAGAGGACCCGGAUGGAGUGAUUGCCCAGCGUGAAGCCCACAGGUCUCAAGGUGGGGGUGGAGGACCUCCUGGUGGUAUGGGGGGAGGUAUGGGGGGAGGUAUGGGUAUGGGACCUGGACCUGGUGCUCCCCCAAUGGUCAACAUCCCGCCGAGUCUCUUGAACAAUCCAAAUAUUCCUAAUGAGAUCAUCCAUGGCCUUCAAGCUGGCAAGAUAGGAAGCACAGUUUUUGUGGCAAAUCUUGAUUAUAAGGUGGGCUGGAAGAAGCUGAAGGAGGUGUUCAGCAUGGCUGGGGUGGUCAUCCGCACCGACAUCCUAGAGGACAAAGAUGGCAAGAGCAGGGGCAUGGGAACGGUCACCUUUGAAAUGCCUAUUGAAGCUGUGCAAGCAGUCUCCAUGUUCAAUGGCCAGCUCCUGUUCAAUCGAACCAUGCAUGUUAAGCUGGACGAGAAGUCUAUGCCCAAGGGUGACUUUGCUCCCCCUGAGAGACCACCUGCACUACCCCGUGGUCUGAGUGGUAUUGGUCUGGGAUUGGGGCCUGGUGGACAACCCAUUGAUGCUACACAGCUGAACCGUGGUGGAGGGAUGAACAACAUGGGGCCUGGAGGAAUGGAUAAUUUUGGAGGUGGGAUGAACAACAUGGAUCGUUUUGGGCCAUCUGGGAUGGGGAGGAUGAAUGACAUGGAUCGUGGCAUUGGGGCUGCCUUUGACAGAGAAUUUGGUGGCCGCAACGAGAUGGGCAUGUCCCGCAAUAAUUUUGGAGACUCUUUUGACCGAGGAAUGGGUAACUCCAUGGGAAUGGAUCGCAUGAGUUCUGGCAUGGACCGGCUUGGUGCCAACAUGGAUCGCAUGGGCAGCCUGGACAGAAUGGGGAUGGAUCGCAUGGACCGUGUGUCUGACCUGGACAGGAUGGGUUCUGGCUUUGAUCGUAUGGGUUCAGGCAUGGAUCGACUGGGACCCAGCAUGGACCGACUGGGAUCUGGCCUGGACCGUAUGGGCUCUGGUAUGGACCGCCUGGGUCCUUCCAGUUUUGACCGUCUAGGCCCAUCCAGCCUGGAGCGCAUGAGUGCAGGCAUGGAUUUUGCCUCACCAAUGGGCAUGGACCGAAUGAAUGCUGCUCUCGAACGCAUGGGGUCCAACUAUGAGCGUGUGGCUUCGGGUGGGUUGGAUCGCUUCCCAGCACCAGGAAUGGACCGCAUGGGUUCCAGCAUUGAUCGCAUGGACCGCAUGGGCUCAGCUGGUGCGGGAGGGCAGUUUGAUCGAGGUGCAGAUAUGGAUCGUGGUAACUUUGGCAGCUUCGGUUCAGCAGGACAAGGAGGGCCAGGAGCUGGAGCCAAUGCCAGAAAGGGUUGCCAGAUCUUUGUCAGAAAUCUGCCAUUUGAUUUUACCUGGAAGAUGCUGAAGGAUGCCUUCAAUUCAUGUGGUAUUGUGCAGUAUGCUGAUAUCAAGAUGGAGAAUGGCAAGUCCAAGGGUUGUGGUGUGGUUCGCUUUGACAGUCCUGAAACAGCGGAGCGUGCCUGCCGCACCAUGAACGGCUAUCGACUGAAUGGCAGAGAGAUUGAUGUGAGGAUCGACAGAAACGCGUAAUCCACCAGUGAUCCUUUCCCUGUCCACUUUGUCCACCUCUAUACAGAGCUUUCCAUGUUUUUGUUCAUCACAUUUCUACUAGUGUGAAACUGGUGCCGUUUUAGUUUUUGCUUGCUUAAGUUUUUAGAGAACAAAUUUUUAUUUUUCUUACCCUCCCCACUUUUUAUCCUUAUGCUACUCUGAAAUGACCUUUUGUUGAAGGUAUGACAAUAAAUGUCAAACGUUGA